CCAUCCCGGAAGCAGCUAUGGGUUUUGUAAUGUAUGAUGUAUUGUUCGUUCACCGCGACGCCAGGUCGCACUUAAUGUAUGCGGAAGAGACUCGACAAAUAUGAAUGCGUUAAAACAUGCUCACCGUCCUGCGGUGGCUAUCGAGGUAAUUUCCUGCCUUUGGUCGCCAUUGUGAGCGUCCGAAAACAUCACCAUGGCAUCUUCGAGGUGCGUUCAGGACCUUGCUACAGAGAAAGACAGGCUCCUCUCCUCCAUGGCCAGCUAUGGCUCCCAGGACCUUCUUGGGGCCGAACUUGUGGUCCCUGACCUUCAUCGGCAACAGGAGGAAGAAGAGGAAGAAUCCCUACGGAGGAAGCUGAAGUAUUUCUUUAUGAGCCCCUGCGACAAGUAUCACGCUAAGGGACGUAAGCCAUUCAAGCUGGGCCUGCAGCUACUCAAAAUCGUCAUUGUUACCGUGCAGUUGGUGCUGUUUGGACUGAGCAACCAGAUGGUUGUGACCUUUAAAGAGGAAAACACAGCGGCGUUCAAACAUCUUUUUUUGAAGGGUUACCAAGACGACACUCCUCAAGCGGUCCACACGCAACAAGAACUGUACAGCCACAUCAACUUUGCCAUUGAGCAGUACCUAGCACUCCCCCAGAUCUCGCUGGGACAGUACGCGUAUGUACAAGGGAUCGGCAUCAAUGGAAGUACGCUCUCUCUGUGCCAGAGGUACUACAGGAGCGCCACCAUCAUCCCUGCCAAUGACACCUUUGACAUUGAUCCGCAUAUUGUCACUGACUGCAUCGGACUCAACCCGAAGACUUACGGUUCCACUCGUGACUACAGGAACUUCACGCUCAACUUUUACAAGCUGAUCAACGUAACGGUUGAAUUCCACCUGAAGGCCAUCAACGUUCAAACCAUCAUCAACAAUGAGAUCCCUGACUGCUACACCUUUGCUAUCACGAUCCUCAUGGACAACAGAGCUCACAGCGGUAAAAUUAAGGUCACUUUAGAAAACGAGGCCUCCAUAAAGGAAUGUACGGACCCCAACGUGUCUGGACAUGCGGAGACCUAUGCCCGGGAGUUCUUCGACGUGUUGGUCGCACUCGUUUGUCUGCUUUCUCUGCUGCUGUGUGGACGCUCCAUCCUCAGAGGUGUCCUCCUGCAACAUGAAUACGCGCAAUUUUUCCAGCGCAGACUGGGCCGUGGCGUGACUUGGGGCGACAGGUUGGAAUUCAUCAAUGGCUGGUACAUUCUGCUUAUUGUCAGCGACAUGUUUACCAUCAUUGGCAGCUUCAUCAAGAUUGGGAUUGAGUCUAAGAAUUUAUCAUCAUAUGAUGUAUGUGGAAUCCUGCUGGGAACGUCCACCCUGUUGGUGUGGGUAGGAGUCAUCCGUUAUUUCAGCUUCUUUCAGAAAUACAACAUCUUGAUUGUGACACUCAGAGCUGCAUUUCCCAAUGUCAUCCGCUUCUGCUGCUGUGCGGCUGCCAUAUAUUUGGGAUACUGCUUCUGUGGAUGGAUUGUACUGGGGCCGUAUCAUACCAAGUUUCGGUCCCUGUCCAAGGUGUCAGAGUGCCUCUUUUCUCUGAUCAACGGAGACGACAUGUUCGUGACGUUCGCUGAAAUGGAGCAGAGCGGCACACUGGUUUGGAUCUUCAGCCAGGUCUACCUUUACACCUUCAUCUCCCUCUUCAUCUACAUGGUGCUGUCACUCUUCAUCGCACUCAUCACCGGAGCCUACGACACCAUUAUGGCCCAAACGCAAGAGCAGGUACGCGUCUCAGACCUUCACGCAUUUAUCGCAGAGUGCACAGACACGCCCAGCUCUGGGAAGUUCCGCAGUCCUGAUGGGUCUUCGUGCUCCUUCCUCUGCUGUUGUGAGUGGUGAGGGAGAGUGUUCCAGUGGAUGUCGGAUUGGAGUCCCAGCAGGGAGGAGAAGGGAGGAUGCGUGUGCAGAGAACCGACUGACCUUGAACCACUCUGUCCUCUGUCUCUCUCUUGUGUUUGAAUGUUGCAUUCCUAAUCAUGCUGUUACAGUAGCGUGUUCUGCACAAGCCAAAUGACCUGCGUUGGCUUUUGUUGUACUGAAUGAAUCAUGAAUAUGUGUGAAAUUUGCUAUAUAUUGACAUGUAAUGCCAGUAAUUACAUUUCUUGCUGUACAGGUCACAGCAACAGCCAACACCAACUAACCGUAAUGUAAAUAUUUUUUUUAGCAUUUAAGUGUACUGUAGAUGUCAGUGGAUUGAUGACGCCGGUGUUUUCUAUAUGUUCCUUGCAAAGUAGAAUAGACUCCAAAAGAGGUACCUCUAACUGGUAUAUACAGUAUAUGUAUGCAUGCGUUACCUUCUGCUACAUUUACAGUCAAGUCUGUUCCUUCGUUCGCUCUUUGACGCUUCCUCCCUUUGUUCCCGUCCUCCCUCGGUUGAAAGGAUUUGACGGUUGGACGCGGAAGGACGAGUCCCGCAGCCAACCUGUUCGUCAUCAAUAUGUAUGAACUCUAAGAAUGGCGCACACCAAUGCACUGAGCGAUGAAGCAUUUCUUGCUGUGAAAUUUCCUGCAGGAAAUGUUUGUUCACCGUUUUCUUUUAAUUAUGUCAAGUAGGUCGAUUAAUGUCAUAUUCUAAGUGUGAGAGUUGGACAAUGUCAGUAGAGUGACAUUGAGGCCCUUUGAGAAAGGGUAAUUGCUCAUUUAUUUUAUCUGAUGUACUGCAAAUGCACAAAUCAAAGCGUUUUUAAAGGGAACAAUUGGUCAGAAGGUGACUUAAUGAAAUGCUAAUGUCAUUCCAGUUUGCUGCGUGAAGGGCGCUUUUCAGUGGAUAAAAUUGGUCUCCACUUAAAAGGUAAAAAGGGAAUUUAAUUAUUACUACUUCUUUUCUUUGUGUAUAUAAUUAUUUUUAAAAUCACGUCGCCCGUGAGCUUUUAGUAUUUAUGUUCACCCAUUUGCACUUUCAGGAGACUGCUUUACAGCCUCACUUGAUUGAAACGCCUCACAUUAGUGUUAAAUAGCACACUAGGGUGUAUGGUUAUUCAGUAAGUAAUGCAUGGGUUCUGACAUGUCUGGGGACUUGAACUUACUGAUAACUGUGUUGCUGUAUUAACUGCUCUUUUUACUUUGUGCGCGUUUUUUUACUUAUGAUGUGAAAUAUUCUUGACUAUACUCCUGAAAUGAUGCUGCCUCGUACGCCGUGGCAAAAUAAACUCAGAAGACACUAAAAGGGUCCAUUUUGUGGAAAAAAAAAUGCCUGUGUUUUGCAUUAUUUUGAGGGGGACGGUAACUGUACACUUAUAGAAGCUGUACGCUGACUACUUUACAUUGUAUUAAAGUGCUGCUUGCAUAUGGUGCGGUGAAUGGCACCACUAACAAAGUCAAAGAAAAAGCAAAACAAGCUAGUGGAGUUAAUGUUUUGUUGAUGUGAUGCAUGAUAAUAUACUUUUUAUGACUUUCUUUCCCAGAAAAUGUAGGCUGAACUCUCUUGUGCGACUUUUGGGGCAUUUAAUAAUAAUAAUAAUAAUUGAAAGCAUUAUUCAUGUAUUUACUUUGUCUUUAUAUCAACUUUAUGUCAACAUUUGAGGCUCUGUGCACAGUCCCAGACCCAGAACCAGCCACCUCAAUGGACUUUAGGGGUGUUUAAUAAUAAUAAUAAUAAUUGAGGCGG